CAAAGAUUUACAGCUUCCUCUUACCCGACAUAAGUCAUCAUGCCGGCGGCAAUUCCGAGGAACGGUAGAGCAUUACGACAUCCGAACCAUGGGCCUUCCGAGAUCCAGCAUCAUGGAUAUUUGGGUGAUUCUCUUCCACUGAAUGCUGCCGAGAGUCAUAUGCAGGACAGUAUGUUCCGACGUCCUUUCCGGUCUUGUGAGGUGCCCAUGGACAGCUUGUCACGUUAUGAAGUGGCAUGGCACAGCCUUUUCACACCAGCAACAGUGCGGAUGAGGUCGAUUUGUUUCUGCUCCUCUUUGAACAACAAAAUCAGUCCACGCGCAAGUCGUUGUUACAGGCAGAUCACACUGCCACUCAGCCGACAUGCAGUUGUCUAGUCUCACCCUGCGAACGGAUGUGUAUGGCGCCAUUACUCCAGCAGGCCUUCGAAAGUCUCUUGUUGGUAAAGUUGCACUAGUCACUGGAUCUAGCCGCGGCAUUGGGAGACACAUAGCUCUUGCUCUUGCGCAGGCAGGAGCGUCAGUUGCGGUCACCGGGAGAGACGAGAAAGCGGUACAAAGGACCUGCGAGGAAGUGUCGUCGUACGGGACAAAAUGCGCGCCUUUCGCUGCCGAUGUUCUCGAUGACAAGGCCAUGGAAAAAUUGACGAACGACGUGGAAAAACAACUGGGUCCCAUCGACAUCUUGGUCCUCAGUGCAGGAUCCAAUACGUUCAUGCCGUUCCACCAACACGACGCGGAGUCAUGGUGGAAUCUGAUGGAACUCAAUGUUCGUGCACCAAUUUCGCUCACUCGCCAUGUCCUCCCGAGCAUGAAGCAGCGGAAUUCGGGGACAGUAGUGUUCUUGAGCUCACGGGCGGCGGUCGCAGAUCUCCCCUGGACGACGGCGUACAACUGCUCCAAAGUAGCUGUGACCAAAUUCGCAGGCUCGCUCCAAGCUGAGCUCGAAGUGGUCCAAAGAGUCGAAGGUGGCUUUGACGCCAACGGUAUCCAGUUGUUCUCGAUUCAUCCCGGCGAAAUCGAAACGGACAUCCAUCAAACAGCAUUCCCUGAAAAUCUCAGAACGGAUGCGCCGUACGUUCUUGAGCAUAUGGCGAAAAUCGGAGCAAACCGACCACAUUUUAGUCCUGAGCUUCCAGCUUGGACAGUGGUGUUUCUCGCAGCAGGUAAAGCCAAAGCUCUGAAGGGGAAAUAUGUCGAUUGCACGCGGGACGUCGAAGAGGCUAUUCGUCUGCAUAAUAGUUAGGCAGGAUGGCAACGGAAGGAAGACUUGAAGAAACAUUCAGCCACUUCGGUUUAAGUCCUCGGUGUUUCUUGAUUCGAACCCUGGAUGACCAGUGACUAAGUGAAUGAGGCAUAUUCACGUGUCGUGAAGUGUGAUGCGGUGAAAAGGGUACCUGCAGGUGAAGCAGCACUCAUCGUGAAUGUCAACACCAAGUCAUUCAUCCAUUGUUAAGCCACGCAGUGAUCAUGACACUGCCCCCA